ACUUUCGAGCGCCCAUCGGCCAAAAUGGCGGCGGCCGUUGGCGCCGAGUCCGGCUUGUAGUUUCAUUGCCUUACUCCUCCGGUUGCAAAAUGUGAAAGGCGAAGGGGCUGGUAAAAGGGGGCUGUAGGCAAUGAGUCGGCGAAGGAAACAUGGGGACAGCCCUGGCCUGAAGAACACGCCGCGCAAAGCGGCGGCGGCUGAGGAAUACAGCUCGAUGGUCGAGCCAGGGAAGAGGCGGCUGAGGUCGGCCCGCGGCUCGAGGCCCCGCAGGGCCGGAGAGACGUCUCCCCGGCCCGUGCCGCAACAAGAGCAGCCUCCAGCAGCCGCUUCGUGCAGUAAAAGUAACCCCGAGGAAAGAUAUGAAACACCAAAGAGAGUCCUGAAAAUGGAUAUAUUGUCAUCUGCCUUCAGUUCUCCUAAUGAUCCAGAUGGACAGAAUGAUAUCUUUUGGGAUCAGAAUUCUCCAAUGACAAAACAGUUAGGUAAAGGAAGAAAAAAACAGAUUUACACCACAGAUAGUGAUGAAAUCUCACAUAUUGUUAAUCGUAUUGCUCCUCAGGAUGAAAAACCAACAACAAACUCCAUGCUAGGCAUGUGGAUUGGUGCAACUGCUAUUCCUUGUACUCCUAGUGUAGCAAAAGGAAAAUCAAAAGCAAAAAUCAGCUGCACAAAGUUAAAAACACAAAAUCGAGAGGAAGAACUUAUGAAAUUAGCUAAGCAAUUUGAUAAAAAUAUGGAAGAGCUAGAUGUGAUUCAAGAGCAAAACAAAAGAAAUCACGAUUUUAUCCAGGCAAUUUCAGAAGCAGAGACUUUAAGCAAUUAUAAAGAUAAUAUACAGAUGCAGUUAUUACAUGAUACAGUUCCUGAAAUAGAUAAUUCUAUAAUAAAGAAGCCAAUGAAAGAAAAUACCAAAACACCUAUGGAAAAUGAUCAGAAUAACAGUCAGAAGCCAUUUGACCAAAAUGCUGAAGCAGCCUUUAAUGCCAUUUUUGAUGGCUCUACUCAGAAAUGUAGUGGACAGUUCAGCCAAGAUUUGUCAGAUGCUCUUUUGAACAUGAGUAAUACCACCUUUGGAAAGAAAAGCACUUUAAAAGAGGAGAAAAUCAUUACGAAUGAAAGUCUGCCAGAUAAAACUCCAGGAUCACUUUUUUGUCAAGUAGACACUCCUGGAAUCACAAAAUCAUGUGUGACUUCUUAUACUGAGAAGCAAGAAGCUUUCCAUAAACCCCUUGAUACAUUUACUACCAGUGAUUUUGAGGAUGAUUGGGAAAACUUACUAAGUAAUGAACCUUUUGUUAUGCAAAAUAUCAAAAUGUGUGAACUUUUCCCUGCUCCUAAAACAGCCCAGAUUGCUGAUCAAAAGGGAAUUUAUAAUUUUAACAAUAAAAAUGAUAAAAAUAAGUUAAGAAUGAAUACAAGUCUAGAUACCAGGUUAAAGGAUUCAAAAAUUUUAGAGGAUCUCCCUUCAAAGACACAAAACAAGGAAUUAAUAGAUUUUGGAAAACACGGGUUUUCAAUAAAUCUAAACGAUAAACCAAACAAAUUACCACCCACUGGAAAUAAAAUGAAAUUUGAGAAAUCUUUCAGUAAAACUGUUGUUCAAGACAAAAUUCAAGACUGUGCAGUUGCGUCUAACCUGACACAAGAAGAUAGGCACACUAAAUUUACUUCUAAUGUAAAUACUUCUGAAAAGUCAACUUUGAACACAGGACAUUGUAAUGAACAAAAAAAUAAGUCCACUUAUAAUCAAUCUUUUAAAGCACCUGCUAAUAUAGAUAAUUUUGGCUCUGCAACUUUGGGCAUUGAAACCAGUGUUUAUAAUCCAAAUCAGACUAAUGCAUCAAAGUUAGGUUCUUUCUUUGAUGACUGGAAUGAUCCGUCAUUUGCCAAUGAAAUUGUCAAAGCAUGUCAUCAAUUAGAGAAUACCUGGGAAGCAGAUGAUGUAGAUGAUGACUUAUUAUACCAAGCAUGUGAUGAUAUUGAAAGACUAACUCAGCAACAAGACAUUAGGAAGGACAACAAGAUAUUAGAAAGUAAACUUGAGAUCAAUAAUAGUUCCAAACAUGGAGCCAAAAACAUGUUUACUACAUCUAAACAAGAAAGUCAAUCAGUGCAAUCAAAGCCUUUGAAUCUGAGCAGCAUUUCAAGCCAUGUAUCUUUCACAAACAGCUCACAAUUAAAUAAACCACUGAAGAUGGAAAAAGAAAUUUGUGGAAAUUCUCCAAGCUUUUUAGGUGCUACGACUAAUUUAAAAAUAUACUCUAAGAAUUCAGAUUGUCAGAUCAAUAGUCUACAUUAUUCCUGGAAUAACACUGAUUUUCCAGUACAAGUGAGUAGUACUGAAUCAGUUCGUAUGGGAAAUUCAAGUCUGAAUGUGAAUUCAGACCACAGGAAUACAGAAACUGCUACUUACAAGAAGAAAUUAAGUACUCAGCAUCUAUCCCAUAGGAGCACAACAGAUGGAGCUAAGAGUGACCUUAACAGAACAGUUAGACUUCCUAAGUAUACAUUUACGAAGACGAAAAAUUCUCAGGUUCUUUCCCGGUUUAAUCAAAAUUGUAUGCCAACCAAUAUUUCUGAUACCAAAAUUACACAGGGUUUAGAGAGAAAUAAAGCUGUCAGCCCAUUUUGUGGGAAGACUGUUCAACAGCAGUCUUUGGUGAAAUGUUCUCAAUCUUUGAAACAACCUUCAAAAGGUCUCAACUUAAAUAUGACUUCCUCAUAGAGACGUUCCUUGAACAAUCUAUAAAUAGGUCAGAAGACCUAUAAUCUCUCUUAUUUCCUUCAUUUCUUUUACCACAAUUUGAAAGCAAGUAUUGAUUAUUGUCUGUCCUGUCUGUGAAUACCUAGGCCUGUCACCGCAUCUGCCACUUAGAAGAUGUUUAGUAAGUAAUUGAAUGAAUAUCAUGCCACAUAAUGUGAAAAUCUGUUAUUCACUGAUAUUGUAAUGCUUUAUAAAGGGACUGUGUCUGGCGUAACUACUCAUACAUCUUAAUGCCCAGUUUUUUUCACUGCCUCAUGUGUUUACAGAUGCUCUUUCCUUUACCAGAAACUCAGUGCCCCCAUGUGCAUAUACCAAAUCUGCCUGGCCAUUUUCCACUUGUCCUUUAAAACACAGUAUGUUUCUAUCCGCCCCGAUAAUUUAGCUUCACUUUCUUUGGGUUUCUCCAAUACCCAGUGUUAACUUCUGUUACAGCAUUUACUAUGCUAGCUUGUAAUUAUUGAUUUUCUUAAUCAGUCUUCCUCACUUGAGGCUAACAUUAGGAUUCUUAUCUAUUAUGUAGAUCAAUGCUAAUAAGGUGAGGGAGUUUUUAGGUGCUUUUAACAUUAGGUCAUUGUUUUCUGUUUAGAUUCUAGAUGAUAAUUUUGUUGGCAUUACCGCUACAACUUUCCUAUUUAAGUACUCCCACCUUUUUUUUUUUUUUUUAACUUGUAACAGUAAUAUGUUGGUUGUUUAAAAAGAAGGAAAGAAAACAGAGUAAUUUGAAGUCAAAAAUUAAAUUCUCUGUUUCUCUUUUCUCACAGCCAUUCCUCAGGGAAAAACCACAGUUAACAGUUUGGAAUACAUCAUGUAGAAUUUUCUGUGCAUAUGAAAGCAUGUAUGCAUGUUUGUGUGUAUGAAUACAUGUGUAUACCUACACAUUUAUUUAAUCAGAUGGAAUUAUAUACUGUGUACCUACGAUUUGGCAACUUGGUUUUGCCUUCAGUAAAUAUAGCUAUUUUUCCCUCUCCUUCAUGUAGUUUUGCUUCAGUCCUUUUAAUGACUACAUAGUAUGUCUUUAUACAGAUAUACCAUGAUUUAUUUAACUGUUUCUCUAUUGAUGGAAAGUUCAGUUUGGUUGCAUUUUUGGCAUUACAAACAGUCCUUCAGUGAAUAUACUUCUACAUAAAUUUCUCCAUGCUCGUAUGAUUGUAUGUUAAUUAUUAAAAAAUUGAUGUAAGAGAAUGUUUUGAAUUUGAUGGCUAGCACCAAAUCUUCCCAAAAAGUUAUAUCAGUUUAUAUUUUUUAUCAACAUUGACAACGAAUACUUCCCUACAUUAUAACCUAGGUAUUUUGAAACAAUUCAAAAAUUGUGGUCAAUCUAUAAUAAUUUUAAAUAUUUGAAUUUAUAUUUAAAUAAGUGUAAUUAAUUGGACCAUACUCAAUUUUAGUAUAUGUGCUGCCGAAGCGAGCACAUAAUUGGACCAUACUCAACAUGAAUUUAGUUACAUAUAGUUAUAACUAUAUUAAAGGCUACAUCUCUGGAAUAUUUUGAGUUUUCCCAAACACUAUCCUUCUGCAUUUUUUUAAUCUCUCUUUCAGUUUCUUUUAUCAGUUUGUUUACAUUUACUGAUAGUACCUAAUCUUCUAAUUAACAUUAAUCUUCUUGAUAUUUUCUAUUGUUUUUACUUUGUUAUGUUGCAAGAGGCUCUCCAGAGACUAUCUCUGAAACAAAACCCAUUUAACUACUUUAUUGUUAUAAGGCAGGGUUGGGCAGACCAGGGCCUAUCUAAAUCCAGCCCAUAGCCUGUUUUUGUACAGCCAGCAUGCUAAAAUGGUUUUCACAUUUUAAAUAGUCGAAAAAAUCAGGAGAAGAGUAAUAAUAUUUCAUGACCUUUGAAACUUUCAUGGAAUUCAGAUUUCACCAUCACUAAACAAAGUUUUAUUUGAACACAGUCAUAUCAUUUGUAUUGUCCAUUGCUGACUGUUUUCAUGCUACAAUGACAGAUCUUAACACUUCCAAUGAAAGCCCAUAUGACCUUCAAAGAUUAAUAUAUUUACUUUCUGGCCAUUUACAGAAUUUUUUUUUUCCUUUUUUGCUGACCUCUGCUUUAGGAUAAACAUUAAGAAAAGCCACUCUUUCUGUGUAACUUGCAAUAGUUUGAGACUUCACCAUGUAUUUUUAUUGAAGAUUGAGUUAAAGGAAAGGCUGAUGGGAGAAAUGGAUGUCUCUAAAUCAAAAUUUCAUAGUGUGACUUUAUCUACAUCAUUUGAAAUUAUUUUCCAAGAAUAUCACCAAGCCAGUUGUAGGGAACUAUGUUCUUUUCUGCUGUCAUGGAUUAUUAACCUGUUUUCCUUCCAAACUUAUGGUCAAUACAGUGCAACUGUAUGUGUGUGUGUGUGUGUGUGUGUGUGUGUGUAUUCUGAGUUUAUGUUUCUCAGCUUUGAGACUAAAAUAGUAGACAAUUAGUCAAGCUAAUUAUAAAGUAUCUCCUAGCAUCUUUCUAUAAGGAAAAAUAGCUACAAAUCUGUGAGAUAAUUAGUUUAGGAAAUAAAUAAGGCAUCAGAGUAAUCUGGGGGAGUUUAUCUGCAAUAUUUAUCUCAACCCUGAACAUGCUCUCCCAUUUCCAAUUAUACCAGGAAAAGAAGGGGAGACAGAUAAUUUAUUUUGGACAUAUAAUCUCCCUUUGUUAACAAGGGAAAUGUCUUUUAAAGUCUGAACCUUUGUCUAGAUGGUAGUGUAAAUAAUAAUACUCUGCCAGCAGUACUACAGAUUCUUAUUCUAUGAGAGGCAGAUUUUACAAGAUAAACAGUUUUACCAAUAUAAGGUCAUAUAAAUAUGAUUCAAGGUGAUGGUCAUAAUUUUAAAACAUCCUUUAAAUGAGAAAAUACGUUUGCUAAUCUUAAAGUUUGAUUCUUAUUAGCAUUAUGUAGAUAAUCUUUUAGCCCAAAGUGACUAAACUGUAUACUUAAAAAGACAUUCAAAUUGGAGAUUUUAUUCAGAUAUUCUCCUUUUUGAAAUUUCUAAUGUUUAUAUAAAAUGUAUUCUCUAAAUAAAAAUAUUUGACAGUGAAUUAUAUGCUUAUUGUCAUGAUAGAUUUCACCAGAUCACUCUAAAACAUUUGUCCUCAAUGGCUAAAAUGGAAAUCUUGGAGCUUUAUAGAGGAAAAAAAGUUGGUGUGAAUAUUAAUAUAGCUUAUCUUAGAGGGAAAAAUAGACUAUUUGAUGUAUUUAUAUUUAAUUCAUUAUAUUUUGACUACUUUUCUGUUAAAGUUUAUAUAAUAUUUAAAAUCUCAGUUUUUAAAAAAUACUCAUUUUGUCGAUUGUAUAAAUUAGAUGUCCUUAUUCACAAGAAUUAUGUGCUAGGAAGUUAAGAUGUACAGUUUUAAUCAAAUGAACUUUAUCACACUGUGAAAAGGUAUAUAAAAUAAGGACAGAUUGAUCGGUGCUUGAUUUUCCUUUGGCCUAGGGUACUGUGUCUGUAUGUGGAAUAUCGUACUUAGUAGUUUAGCAUGAUUUAAUAGUUACACCAAUAUGGCAAGUCUGGAUAAUAAAAAAGUAAAAAUUAAAAUUCAUAUUCAGGAUGCCUUUAUAGUCUAUAAUAGUAAUAUCUAUAUUUUGUUUAAUUUUUAGAGGAAGAAGA